AGAAGAUGGAGCUGGCGUAUGUGUGUGAGUGGGAGCGGCGGGGGUCCGGGUCCGGGUCCGGGUCCGGGUCUGGAUCCGGGUCCGGGUCCGGGUCUGGUCCCGGACUCUGUCCCUCCGUCCCCCUGGUCUGCUCCUGGUCCUGCCGGAACCUGCUGGCCUUCAGCAGCGACCUGAAGACGGAGGACGGCAACAGCAGAGAAGUGAGUCACAUGAUCCACAUCGUGGACACGGAGCACCCCUGGGACGUCUUCUCCAUCAACUCGGGACACUCGGAGCUCAUCACCUGCCUGGAGUGGGACCAGUCAGGUUCCCGGCUGCUGUCGGCCGACGCCGACGGCCUGGUGAAGUGCUGGGCCAUGCAGGAGCACCUGGUGAACCGCUGGCACAGCGAGCUCAGCAGCAGCGUGGACGGUGACCCCGUGGUGGCGCUCAGCUGGCUGCACAACGGCGUCAAGCUGGCGCUGCACGUGGAGAUGUCGGGCUCCACUAACUUCGGGGAGAAGUUCUCUCGGGUGAAGUUCUCGCCGUCGCUGACGCUGUUCGGCGGGAAGCCGAUGGAGGGCUGGCUGGCGGUGACGGCCAGCGGCCUGGUCGCCGUGGCGCUGCUGAAGCCCGGGGGUGGGGCCGCCGGGGGCCCCGCCCCCCUGCUGACGGCCAGCGAGAGCCUGUGCCGCCUGCGGGGCCGCGUGGCGCUGGCCGACAUCGCCUUCACCGGCGGCGGCAACAUCGUGGUGGCCGCCACCGACGGCUCCGCCUCCUCGCCCGUCCAGUUCUACAAGGUGGUGGUGAGCGUGGUGAGCGAGAAGUGCCGCAUCGACACGGAGCUGCUGCCGUCGCUCUUCCUGCGCUGCACCAGCGACCCGCUGCGGCGCGACAAGUACCCGGCCGUCACCCACCUCAAGUUCCUGACCCGGGAGAACUCCGAGCAGGUGCUGCUGUGUGCGUCCAAUCAGAGCGGCAGCAUCGUGGAGUGCUGGUCUCUGAGGAAGGAGGGACUUCCAGUCAACAACAUCUUCCAGCACCGCUCCCCCGUGGUGGGGGAGAAGCAGCCCACCAUCCUGAAGUGGCGGAUCCUGACCACCACCGGGGACCUGGAGCGGGUCUCGGCCGUGGCCCUGCCCAAACUGCCCAUCUCCAUCUCAAACACCGACCUCAAGGUGGCGACAGACACCAAGUUCUGCCCCGGCCUGGGCCUGGCGCUGUCCUUCCAGGACGGCUCCAUCCAGAUCCUGCACCGCCUGUCCCUGCACACCAUGGGGGUGUACUACGGCCCCCCCUCCGAGGAGCCCCCCUUGCUCAAGAGGCCCCGGCCGGGACCCGGACCCGGACCGGGACCCGGGCCGCACUUCAAGGCCCUGCAGUUCUCCUGGACCUCGCUGGCCCUGGCUGGAGUGGACAACCAGGGGAAGCUCCACAUGCUGCGGGUGUCCCCCUCCAUGGGCCAGGUGCUGGACCCGUCCACGGCGCUGCGCCACCUGCUGCUGCUGCUGGAGUACUGCAUGGUGACGGGCUACGACUGGUGGGACGUGCUGCUGCACGUGCAGCCGGCGGCGGCGGCGCCGCUGGCCGAGCGCCUCCACGAGGAGUACACCCGGCAGAACCAGGCGCUGCAGCAGGUGCUGGCGGCGCGCGUGGUGGCCGCCAAGGCCUCGCUGUGCCGGCUGUCGGCCGCCGCCGCGCCGCGCGCCUCCGACCUGCACGCCAAGCUGCUGCUGAUGGCGGUGGGCGCCACGCUCAAGUCGCUGCUGCGGCCGCACGCGCCCGCCGCGCCCGACAAGAGCCCCGGCGAGCGGCUGAGCGAGAUCUGCGCCAAGAACACCGACACCGACAUCGACAAAGUGAUGCUGAACCUGAAGACGGAGGAGUUCGUGCUGGACGGCCCGCCGCUGCAGUCGCUGCAGCAGCUCAUCCAGUGGCUGGGGGACUUCGUGCUGCACCUGCUGGCCUCGCUGCCGCAGCAGCACCAGCAGGGGGCGACGGCGACCACGGCGCGGCCCGGCUCGGGCUUCCUGCGCGACGGCGCCUCCCUGGGGCUCCUGAGAGAAAUGCUGGUCAUGAUCCGCAUCUGGGGGCUGCUGAAGCCCGGCUGCCUCCCCGUCUUCACCGCCACCUCCGACACCCAGGACAGCCUGCUGCUGCUGUUCCGCCUGCUCACCAAGCUCUGGCUCUGCGCGCGGGACGACGCCCCCCCCCAGGAGCCGGACGACUCCCUGCUGGACGAGUGCUGCCUGCUGCCCAGCCAGCUGCUGGUGCCGCAGCUGGACUGGCUGCCGGCCGGCCGCGGCGUCACGGUGCGCCUGCAGGCCGCGCGCCUCCCGUUGCGCCUCGCCUUCGGCCGCUGCCCCGCCCCCUGCGCCGGCGGCUCCUCCCCGCCGCCUGACGCCCAGAAGGUGGACCACCUGCGCUGCGUCCACAUGGGGGUGCUGCCCACCGAGGAGAGCAAGGCCUGCACCCGGUGCGGCUGCGUCACCAUGCUGCGCUCGCCCAACAAGACCAGCGCCAUGAAGCAGUGGGAGCAGCGCUGGAUCAAGAACUGCCUCUGCGGGGUGUGGAGGAGGAUCCCCCCCGCCACCGCCUGAGAGACCCCCCCCCCCCCCCCCCCCCCCGGACCGGACCCCCCAGGACCGGAUCAGACCCCCCCCGGACUGGAUCCAACUGUUUUUACUGCCUGUGUAAAUAAAGUUUGUUUUGAAUGUU